AUGUCGACCACGGUGACGCUGCGGUGUGACUUCGCGUGCGACGGGUGCGCGAACGCGGUGAAACGAAUCCUGAGUAAGGAUGACGCCGUCACGUCGGUGCGAACGAGCGUGGAGGACAAGUUGGUCGUCGUCGUCGGCGCGGGGCUCGACGCCGAGGACGUGCGGGCGCGGGUGAGCAAGUGCGGACGGGAAACGACCGUGGUGAGCGUGGUGCGGUCGAGCGCGUGA